AUGAUGUUUGCUGGAUUCGUGACGUCUGGGACAUCCGAAGAAAUCUUCGGUUCAUCGGCGGCUCAUCUUCCUCGAAAGAGCUACGAGCCCACGACCCGUCCUUCCUCCUUCGUUCCGUAUGCGAGGGUCCUCGACGAUAACCUUCGUCUGGGACGCCGCGCUACGUGCCAUGCGACGAUCCGCGUUGCCUGUGCCGCCGUCAUGUCGGACAAGCAUGUCGUCCCCAAUCGUUCUCUGCUCUUCGAGAGAGGGAGUCAGUCGUCGAUGGCCCCGUCCCGAACCGAUGCCCUGACAAGUCCGACCCAUGACGAGUCGAGGCCCGAGUCGAGUGCGGCCGCAAAUACUCCCAACCCUGCCACGACGACUGCCCCUCUGAAGGGCAAAGCGCAGAAUGUUACUCCGCCGACACAACGACGCAAGGAUAAAGAGAAGGAGAAGGAGAAAGACGAGGUGUCCGGCCAGAGAGGACAUAGGAUCCGUUCGUCUGGCGGCUUCUUGCUCCAAAACGCCUUCCACGAUGCUUCUGGCAAUGCCAACCGGGCUCAACGUCGAGGCCAGCCUCGCUACAUGCAACAAUCCCAAAAGGCCAACACCAACCUCACGCCACGGACCUCCACAUCUGAACGCUCCGCCUCGAGUGCCGGUGCCGGUGCCGGUGCCUCUUUCGACCCCCAACUCGUGUCUCCGUCCACGUCCAAUAACUCACCAAGGCCCAGGUCAGGUGGCCUCUCGUCACCACUGACCGAGGACAUGGAAGAUGUGGUCGGGAGGAGGAGAGAAACCCCGAAUGGUGCUCUCGCCGAUCAUGGCUAUCAUGCUUCUUCACAUCGAACCGCCAGCCAGCCUCUCGAUAUCGAUUCGGCACUCAUCGUCAACAUGGCCUUGAACCUAAGCGAGUCGAGGAGGGUAGCUUCCAGGCGAACCGCCUCCGCCGCCGUGCCCCCGGUCCUAGCACCUCUCCCCGACGCUGGCACCGGCACCGGCGGUAGCUUGAAACAACACCUACAGCAGCAGAGGAGAACCUCCCGCAACAUAUCCCCGCGUCCGGACCAUGGCUUGUCUCCCAGACUGCCCUCGGGUGCCACAAGGGCGAACAGCCCCUUGCAACCAUCCUUCGACCUCACACGGGAAGCUUCCUACCGUCAUCAUUUUACUCCCGCCACCCUGGCGAGAGCCCAGAAGGCCAAGGACCAGUUGGAGCUCAUGGCCCAGUACAGGCGGUUGCUCGAGCUCGUGCCGCCCCUGGAUCCCCUCUCGCGUCGGCCCUCUACCGCUAACCCUACGACGUCGCUUUCCGCAACAUCAUCCCACACGUCUACUAGUUCCUCCCCACAGGCCAUUCGUCCACUCGGCCGGCCAUACAACCCGCUUCAGUACAUCCGGAACCGCAAAGUGCGAGCCCGCGAACGGAAGGCUAUCGAUGGCGAAACCCUAGGAUUCGGCGACGUGAAGAAAGUCACCGACUGGAUAGACAACGUAGCCAGAUGGGCAGCCACCGGCCAGUCGGCUCUACCCGACAACCCCGCCUUGCCCCCUUUUGCCGAUGCCGAAGCGCAUCAAGCACAGCUGGAAUCCCCUGUGUCGAACGCUCCAAGACCAAGGCGGCCGCGCGUGGACUGGGUCAUCAAUCCCGUUGAUAUGAUUGCCGACGUCUACUGGUUGGAACAAGAUCAUCACUUGCAGCUCAUCGAGGAUCGUCAUUGGCGUCGCAUCUUCCCCCUGAAUUUCCAGGAUGCUGUCUGGUCAUUUCGACCUGUGUCUAGUCCAGAGGCGGCCGCGAAGGCCAGGCCCGACACCUCCCAGAAUGCUUCUACACCACAGCUGCGGACAGCAGUGGAGCCUCCUGGCGACGAGGCGACGCUGGCCAAGACGGACACAGGUCACUCUCGUGGGAGCACGCGGGAAAGAGCACGGCAAAAACUCCAGGAGCUCAAGGGUCUUCCUCACCAUCGUGGCAGCUCUCUACACGGCCCCAUCGGCCCUCCCGACAUGCUUCCCGUUUCCAAGACAUCCACUUCUGAGCUUGCCGACGACGAAUCCGAGAGGAGCAAAGAGGGUCGCGACCAAAACCAAAACCAACCCCAAGUGCCGUCUGCCAGCGACAGAAAUGAGAUCCUCCAGAAACAAAUGCUCGAGAUGAUUGCCAGAGAGAGAGUGAACGAAACACCGCCAGCCCCCUGGUUGCAUCGACCCUCCAUGGUACCAAUGACACCCGAACGGGCCGGACGUACGACUUCUCAGCCGUCCUCUCAAUCGCAGAGCCGCAAACAGUCGCUGGUCGAUGCGAGCGAACCGGAUGACGCGUCUGGGGUCACCAAGACUCGUCCGACCAUGUACGGCCGUCAUCGUGGUAGGUCGAGCUUAGAGAUCCCCAUGCCUGUCUACCGGGGUUUCAUGGAUGCCGACACCUCGGUACCCAACUCCCCCGACAAUCGGCCCCCGAGGGACAGCCCCUUCAUACCUCCCAUUGGGGGAGAUCUCUCCCCUGCGUCAAGUCGGGCAGGCUCACCGCAUCGCAACCCCUUCCACAAGGUCCGGAAUAUAUUUCGCGAGAGGAGCCGGGACAGAGAGCGAGAGCGAGAGCGAGACAUUGAACCCCAACCUCACGCCAAAUACACCGAGCUCGAGCUUCCCGUCCAUCCCAAGUCGGCGCCUCCCGGCCUAGCCCAGUCACCGCUGCCGCGUGCCCCAUCGCCCGACAGGCAAGCCGCGGGAACUGUCGUUGCUCCUUUGAUCUCGCAACCUCAGCCUCAGCCUCAGCCUCGACCUUCGACGGAAGGUCUCCGGGCCGGCGCCAAGAUUCGAACCGAGAACAGCACUCCGAAUAAUCUUUCCCGGGGAGCGAGACUAGAUACUGUCAUCCGGGGUGGCGUAUCCAAAUUGGGAGACCUCAUCUGGCGGAAAGACUCGGAGCCAGCCGAAAGACACUCAUAUGAACGCGAUUUCUCUGUCCCGGACGAACCUGGUGUCGACACCACUACCAUCGCCACCAAGAACAACAACAAUAAGAAUAAGAACAUUGACGACAACAACAGCAGCCUCGCUCUGCCACGAACAGUAUCUGACACGACCGCUGACCGAGAGGAUGAUCGCAACCCAAGGGCGAAGCAUUACCUGGAUGUGAUGCCGACUUUCCAGCACACGCCCCACGAACCGAACCAGAUGGGGCGGGAGGGUUUACAGACGUCUAGGCCGCCGAGUCGAUCUUCUCGCUUCGACCUGCUCAAGCCUCCUCGCAUCGACGUCCAGCAUCCGUCCCCCUCUCUAUCACCUACUCUUUCCAAGUCGCACGGGGAAUCUGAAUCGCGAGCUGAGCAGGCAGAAGCUGGCACUGGUAGUGACGGACUGCAGGAGGCCAGUCGACGUCUCAGCUCCUUCGCUGCCCGGUCAUCCUCAUUCUCGUCUGACCCGCGCCAUCCUUCUUUGGCCUCCUCCUUUGAAGGCCGCCACUUGUCCAUCUCGGAUCGCAGCGCGACAUCCCAGCCCGCCCCCGUGUCGAAACGCGAGGUCGCCCGCCUCCGCGCCCUGGUGCUGAGUUCCGGCAUCAAGGCCAUGGAGAUUUCCCGCCGCGCCAACCAGCCCGUCUCCGUCUUCGCCGCGCGAACAUGCAACUCCGCCAGCGACGCCGACAAACGGCUCUGUUGGCCGUCGAUCGCCCAACUGAGCGCGGACCCCUCCGGCCUACGGGCCCGCGCCGUCCCGCAGACGGAACUGUACCACGUAGCGGCCCAGAGCCUCGCCGCGACGGUCCAGUCCGCCGACGGGGAGUGGCAGAGGGCGGUGGACGAGUUCGCGGGCAAGACGGCCCCCGCGCUGCAGGACCGCGUCGAGGACAUCCGAAGGCGCAUCGCGGUGGACUUGUCGGCCAUGACGCGGGCGGCGGCGGACGACGCGGACGAGGCGAGCCGCGACCUUGCGUUUGGGCAGCGCCUCAAGGUCACACAUGUCGUGGACACGAUGGAGAAGAUGAUAAGGCGGCGGCGGCGGAGGUUCCGGUGGGUGCGGCGGGGGUUGUGGCUCGGUGUCGAGUGGGUGCUCGUCGGCUUCAUGUGGUAUGUGUGGUUCGUUGUGGUGAUUCUCCGGAUGUUCUGGGGGGUUGGACGGGCUUUUGUUGGGGGCGUGAGGUGGUUGCUUUGGCUGUGAGGGAGGUCCGUGUACUGUGUUCCCCAAGGCUUCGUUGAACCCAUAACGUUGUCUUUUCCUUUUCUCUAGAUCCUCUUUUUUUUUCCCUUUUUUUCCUCCCGUCCCGAGCUGGAUUUGAUACCCGAGCAGAUGAUAUCGAGAUGGGAAACGUGGAUGCUUGGGCUCUACGGGCGGCCUCAUAUUCUAGCAUUCUUGGUCUUUCUGUCGCAUAUGAUUUUCUAUUCUGACAGACUUUAAUAUCUUACUGAUACUCUCCACAUAAUAUACAGCUUUAUACCUUUCCCUGCUUGCUGUUGCUU